AUGCAUCAGGGUCAAAUCCCACAGACGAACGACGCGGCAUCGGACCAAAAUGUCAUGAUCCCGUUAGCCGAAGAUGGCGCCGUGGAGGUGGCAGCGCAGAAUGUCGACGAGGCUGAAGUACCGAUUUCGAAAGGAGAACCAGGGUCACCUGAGCCGGACGACAUCGAAUACCGUUACUUGACCUUCGAAACAGACAUCCCGCUGAAGCCCGUCCUUCCGCCCGAUAACAAGGCUGAAAUGCCACCAUGCCCAAACCUCAAGGACUACGACAACCCUCUUGCGUGGUCGCUGACACGGAAGAAACUCAUGACAUACCUAUCGUGCUCAGUCAACAUCGCAGCCGCCUAUUCCGCCGGGUCUUAUGCCUCGCCAACACUCCAACUGACGAGGAAAUGGGGCAUCUCUGCCGUGGCAUACAAAACGGGCAUCACUAUCUUCACAGUAGGGUUUGGGAUCGCCCCGAUGAUACUGGCCCCCUUCUCCGAGAUCAAUGGCCGCAGACCUGUAUUCGUAGUCACAGGCCUCCUUUUCGUUAUAUGUCAGAUAUGCUGCGCGGUGACCGACUCAUUUGCAGGAAUGUUGUUGGCCAGAUUAUUCCUCGGAGUCGGAGGAUCUACCUUUUCGACCAUGGUCGGCGGAAUUCUGGCCGACAUCUGGCUUACCGCGGAUCGUAACUGGGCAAUGGUGCUCUUCACGGGCGCCACACUCUUCGGCACUGGCCUCGGCCCAUUGGUGAGCGGCUUCGUGGCACAGCGCCUUCUGUGGCGGUGGGUAUUUUGGAUCCAGGUGAUGACCAGCGGCACGCUGGUAGCGCUGGUGACGGUCUUCUUUAAAGAGACCCGCGGCAGCAUCAUCCUCAGCCGCAAGGCAAAGAUGCUGAACAAGUGGUAUGAGAAGCUCGAAGAAGCUGGCGCUCUCGGCAUGGAGGUAGACAGCACAGAUCCGGAGAAAAGGAGGAACAGAACAUGCCGCAUCCGAUGGAAGGUCAAAGCCGAUGAAGAGAGAGCCUCGCUGGGCAAGAUGAUCGUCGUCUCGCUGUACAGGCCGAUAACGAUGCUGUUCACCGAGCCUGUGGUUUUCUGGUUCAGUCUAUGGAUCGCCUUCUCCUGGGCGGUGCUUUACCUACAGUUCGGAUCCAUUCCCCUCGUCUUCGAAGUCAGCUAUGGGUUUUCUCUUGAGCAUACUGGACUGGUGUUCAUAUCAAUGUGUGUCGGGGCGAUCAUUUCUACCAUCCUGAGCAUCUGGCAGGAAAGAUGGGCUGCUAAGCAUUACCCUGCGAAGGUCAACGGUAGUCCAGAGGGACGACUUAUGUUCACCUGCAUCGAAUCGGCACUGAUGCCUAUUGGACUCUUCUGGUUCGGCUGGACAUGCUAUCCGUCCAUACAUUGGAUCGUGCCAACCAUUGCUGUGGGCGUAGCAACCAUGGGCAUCUUCAGCAUCUUCCUGGCAACCUUCAACUAUACCGCUGAUUGCUACCAUAUCUAUGCAAGCUCAGCGCUAGCUGCCUCGGGCCUCUGCCGGAACUUGCUAGGCGGCUCCUUCCCACUAGUGACGAAUCAAUUGUUCACGAACUUGGGGUUUCAGGCUGCAAGCAGUUUGCUAGGUGGCAUUGGCUUGGCCUUGACCCUGGUACCUUGGGUGCUGGUGCUCUAUGGACCGAAGAUCCGAGCUAGGAGCAAGAUCGCGAGUUCAUUUACAUGA